CGAUCAGGUUAGAUCGGUACAUACGUGAAACUUGAUAACCUCAUUUCUGUACUUAUGAAACUGUAAAAAAUGAGCAAUCAACGUAAAAACUUAAAAAGAAGGCAGACUAACUUGAAGGUUGGAGGUAAUACCAAGGAAGUAGAAAAGGAUUCAAUAAAACUUCAACCCGAAGUAGAAUCGGAUUCAGGUACGGAAGAUUUGCUGAACGCUGAAGUGAAUAAUAAUGACGAAAGUACAGACGAAGAAGUUGAAGAUAAUCAAGAUAUAUUGGAAUCGGACACUGAGAAAGAUCCAAUUGUCUUUGAAUCCGACGACGAGGAAGAGGAAUUAGAGUUUGAUACAGAUUCUAGCGAUCUGGAUUCGGAGAAUGACUCUUCCAUCAGCACUUCCGAAGAAGAGAACAAUACGAAUGACAAAUUUGAAAGAAAAUCCAAAGCUGCUAGUUCGAAAUUCAAACGCAACGAGAAUAAGGCGAAAGAUACGCUUGGUAAAUCUCCCGCAUCUACAAUCGAAAGUACAAAUAUACCUUUCGCAUCGAAAUCUAAUAAGGCAAAUAAGUCUUUUGCGAAUAAAACAGGUGCACCGGAGGAAUCGAAAUCUCGUAAACUUCCGCGAAAUGAAAAAGUACAAAAUAAAAAGACUUCGGAGCCAGAUAAUUUAAAAAAGAAUGUAGAGAUCGCAUCGACGAAAGGACCAUCGGAAAAAUCGAAUAAAACGAAGAUUAGUAAAGAAGAAAUUAGCAAAGGCACGGGUAGCAAUGUUUCGACGGUGAAUCAAAGGCUAGAGGAAUACGAAUAUGACAGUUCGGACGAAGAGGACAUUCGUAACACAACAGGAAACAUACCGAUGAAGUGGUACGACGAUUAUGACCAUAUUGGUUACGAUUGGGACGGUAAAAAGAUUAUGCAACCUACGAAAGAUGACCAGCUAGAUAAAUUCUUGAAAAGAAUGGAAAAUCCUGACUUUUGGAGAACGAUAAAGGAUCCUCAGACUGGGCAGGACGUUAUAUUAAGCGAAGCAGAUAUAGAAUUAAUUACAAGAAUUCAGAAACAGAAAAUUCCUUCUGUAACUUUCGACGAAUAUGCUCCAUGGGUGGAGUGGUUUACCUCGGAAAUAAUGAAAAUGCCCUUGCGCAAAUUUCCGGAACACAAGCGUUCAUUUUUACCAUCGAAGAUAGAAGCCAAGAAAGUGUCGAAGAUAGUUCACGCGCUUAAAAUGGGUUGGGUAAAGUCUACCGCUGAAAUCGAAAAGGAAAGAAGGGAGAAAAUGAACGAACAACGGUUUUACAUGUUAUGGCAAUCGGACGAUCAAGCAGAAGAGAUGCGUAGGAUUCACAAGCACAUACCAGCGCCAAAGAGACACCUACCCGGUCACGCGGAAAGUUAUAAUCCCCCGCCGGAGUAUAUGUUCAACAAGAACGAGCUAAAAGAGUGGAAUAAAUUGCAACCGACGCCGUGGAAACGAAAGUUACAUUUCAUUCCACAGAAAUAUGAUUCUCUCCGGGAGGUUCCCGCGUAUAGUAAAUAUAUUAAAGAAAGAUUUCAGAGGUGUCUAGAUCUAUACUUGUGCCCAAGAGCGUUAAAAAUGAGAUUAACGAUAGAACCCGAAGCAUUGGUGCCACAAUUGCCUAGUCCAAAAGAUCUACAACCGUUUCCUACGACGAUGUCUAUGGUGUUUAAAGGCCACACGGAUAUGGUUAGAAGCAUCACCGUGGAACAAAUGGGUCAAUAUAUUGCUUCUGGCGGGGACGAUAUGAAUCUAAAAAUAUGGGAAGUUGGAACAGGCAGAUGCGUAAAAACAGUGCCGUGUGGCGGAAUAAUCAGGUCUGUGGCUUGGUGUCCGAAUCAAUCUAUAUCGCUUAUAGGAGUGGCGACCGAUAACAAAGUACUUUUGAUAAAUCCUGGAAUUGGAGAUCGCUUAAUAACUAACAAAACGGAUCAAUUAUUGGAAAUAAUACCGCAACACGAUGUUAUAAUAAGCGACAGAGUUAAAACUGCCGUUCAAUGGGAACAAGUAGAAGGCGAUCGUUGGUCCCAGGGCAUCAGGAUAAUUUUGAAUCACUUUAAAACGGUGAAACAAAUAACGUGGCACGGUAAAGGCGAUUACUUCGCCACCGUUAUGCCGGAUGGUCAAAACAGAUCCGUUUUAAUAAAUCAAUUAUCGAAACGAAGAUCACAACUUCCCUUCGCUAGGUCAAAAGGUUUGAUACAAUGCGUUCUGUUCCAUCCGAUCAGGCCAUAUUUAUUCGUAGCGACACAACGGAAUGUCCGAAUAUAUGAUUUGGUGAAACAAGAAAUGAUAAAGAAAUUGUUAUCAAACUCGCAAUGGAUAUCGACGAUGGCAAUACACCCUGGGGGUGAUAACGUUUUAGUAGGCACUUAUGAUCGCAAAAUGCUCUGGUUUGAUCUCGACUUGAGCACAAAACCUUAUCAAACAUUGCGGUUACACGGUACAGGUGUACGAGGUGUUGCAUUUCACAAGCGAUACCCACUUUUUGCAUCCGGUGCUGACGACAGAGGCCUCAUUGUUUCCCACGGAAUGGUGUACAACGAUUUACUACAAAAUCCAUUGAUCGUGCCGCUAAAAAGAUUAUGUAAUCACGAGUCUAACAAUGAUUUUGGUAUUUUGGAUGUGAUGUUUCAUCCUAUUCAACCGUGGGUAUUUUCAGCGGGUGCGGAUUCAACGAUACGAAUGUAUACUUGAAUCGCGUAAUGUCCAUCUCCAACGUGUGUUUAUACAAUAAAAUGUAAACAGAUAACAUUGUAUAAGAACAAAAUCGUGAAAAAUUCCGACGAAAGUUUCCUUUUUUUUUUUUUUUUUUUUAUGAAAAAAUAAAAAUUGAAAGUUGAAUCUUUUUUUACGAAUUUUAUUUUUCCACGAAAAUGUGGUAAAUUGCAACUUGCA